AUGGGUAGUCUAAGUGAUGCCGCGCGCAGCUCAUCAGCGCGUCGCGUCUGCCAUGGUGGAGGCUUGCGAAAGACCCUUCCUUCACCUUGGUCCAUUUUGAUCGAAAUCACGCACACCUGCCAAGAUGGGUAUCAAGCAACGCCCCCCGAUGCGAUCAAGACGGGCGAGAUCAAAAACCACUUCGGCCGCAAGGUUGCGAUUGAUGCAUCAAUGAGCAUUUACAGUUUCCUCAUCGCUGUGCGCUCGGAAGGUCAACAACUGAUGAGCGACUCCGGCGAAACCACAUCACAUCUUAUGGGCAUGUUUUACCGCACGCUACGAAUGGUCGACAACGGCAUCAAGCCUCUGUACGUAUUUGAUGGUGCUCCGCCGAAGCUCAAGUCAGGCGAGCUGGCGAAGCGAGGCGCGCGCAAGGCGGAAGCCCACGAAGCCCACGAGGAAGCUAAGGAAACCGGUACGGCUGAGGACAUCGAGAAGUUCUCUCGGCGUACGGUGCGAGUCACUCGAGAGCACAACGCCGAGUGUAAGCAGCUGCUGAAGCUGAUGGGUAUCCCGUACAUCGAUGCCCUACUGAGGCUGAGGCCCAGUGUGCGGUUUUGGCGCGCGCGGGCGCCGAUUUUGCUGCGUCAUUUGACGUUCAGUGAGCAGCGGAAGGAGCCUAUUCAGGAGAUACACUUGGAUAAGACGCUUGAGGGGCUGAACAUGGAUCGCAAGCAGUUCAUCGAUCUCUGCAUUCUUCUGGGCUGCGAUUACCUCGAGCCUAUUCCCAAAGUCGGACCCAGUACCGCUCUGAACCUGAUCCGCGAGCAUGGAAGCUUGGAAAAGGCAGUCGAAUUCAUGAACAACGAUCCCAAAAAGAAAUUCGUCGUUCCCGAAAGCUGGCCCUAUCAAGACGCUCGCGAUCUUUUUGUCACCCCGGACGUGCACCCGGCAGACCACGAAAGCUGCGACUUCAAAUGGGAAGCACCCGACGUCGAGGGCUUGAUUGCAUUCCUUGUAACGGACAAAGGCUUCAACGAAGACCGUGUCCGUAAUGGAGCCGCCCGCCUGACCAAGAACCUCAAGAGUGCGCAACAAUCUCGGCUCGAAGGCUUCUUUAAGCCAAUGGCAAAGACAGACGAAGAAAAAGCCAGCCUGAAGCGCAAGCACGACUCCAAGCUGCAAGACCAGAAGAAACGCAAGAAGGACGAGGCCAAGGCGAAGAAAGAGGCCAAGGCUAAGCCGCGGGCUGCCGGCUAA